CCCGCCGGCUCCGCUGCCGCCGCGGCGGCCGCAGCUGCCGCCGCCGCCGCCGCCGCCUGAAUAUAGUGCGGCAAGGCGCGGAGCUUGCAGUCACUUUGCGAGGAGGAGCGCGCGGGCUGCGGGCGGCUGGGGCACCCGGGAGCGACGGCGGGCUAACAGAGGCGACCGUGGCAGCGGAAGGUUCUCUCUCCGGGGCUGGACUUAAUAACUUUGGAACUGUCCGCCGGUGUCACGUCCUGAACAUGAGCCUCCUCCUCUCCUUCUACCUGCUCGGGUUGCUUGUCAGUAGCGGGCAAGCUCUUCUUCAAGUGACAAUUUCACUUAGCAAAGUAGAGCUUAGUGUGGGUGAAUCUAAAUUCUUCACAUGUACAGCCAUUGGUGAGCCGGAGAGUAUAGACUGGUAUAACCCUCAAGGAGAGAAGAUCAUUUCAACGCAGAGGGUUAUGAUACAGAAGGAGGGUGUCAGGUCGCGACUAACCAUCUACAAUGCAAACAUAGAAGAUGCAGGGAUAUAUCGCUGUCAAGCGACAGAUGCCAAAGGACAGACACAAGAAGCUACAGUAGUUUUGGAAAUUUACCAAAAACUCACUUUCAGAGAAGUGGUAUCCCCUCAAGAAUUCAAGCAAGGGGAGGAUGCAGAAGUGGUUUGCAGAGUGAGCAGUUCUCCUGCCCCUGCGGUCAGCUGGUUGUAUCACAAUGAGGAAGUCACCACCAUCCCCGACAAUCGGUUCGUAGUGCUUGCAAACAAUAAUUUGCAGAUCCUCAACAUCAAUAAAAGUGAUGAAGGUAUAUACAGAUGCGAAGGACGAGUGGAGGCUAGGGGAGAGAUUGACUUCCGGGAUAUCAUUGUUAUUGUUAACGUUCCACCAGCAAUCAUGAUGCCCCAGAAGUUCUUCAAUGCUACUGCAGAGAGAGGAGAAGAGAUGACCUUAACCUGCAAGGCCUCAGGCUCCCCAAAUCCUACCAUCUCUUGGUUCAGGAAUGGCAAACUCAUUGAAGAAAAUGAAAAGUAUAUUUUAAAGGGCAGUAAUACAGAGCUUACUGUCAGGAAUAUAAUCAAUAAAGACGGGGGCUCGUAUGUCUGCAAGGCCACAAACAAGGCAGGGGAGGAUCAAAAGCAGGCCUUCCUUCAAGUAUUUGUACAGCCUCAUAUAUUACAACUUAAAAAUGAGACAACAUCUGAGAAUGGUCACGUCACACUCAUCUGUGAAGCAGAAGGGGAGCCUAUUCCAGAAAUCACAUGGAAAAGAGCCAUAGAUGGAGUCACAUUUUCUGAAGGUGAUAAGAGCUCGGAUGGCCGCAUUGAAGUUAAAGGGCAGCAUGGGCGCUCUUCACUGCACAUCAGAGAUGUGAAGUUGUCAGAUUCCGGUAGAUACGACUGUGAGGCCGCAAGUCGGAUUGGCGGGCACCAGAGGAGCAUGCACCUUGACAUUGAAUAUGCUCCUAAGUUUGUUUCAAAUCAGACAAUGUAUUAUUCUUGGGAAGGAAAUCCAAUCAAUAUAAGUUGUGAUGUGAAAGCAAAUCCACCUGCAUCAAUCCACUGGAGAAGAGAGAAAUUGGUCUUACCAGCUAAAAAUACAACUCAUUUAAAAACUCACAGUGUAGGAAGAAAGUUGAUACUCGAGAUUGCUCCUACAUCAGACAAUGACUUUGGACGAUAUAACUGCACUGCUACUAACCGCAUAGGCACAAGAUUUCAGGAAUAUAUUCUUGAGUUAGCAGCCAUGUCUUAUAUGGAGAUUAGAAGAUGGGCUCCCACCUUAAUGUUUGCAGAUGCUGUUGUCUGCAAAGACAAGGAAGAUCAGUGGCUAGAGAAGAAGGUGCAGGGAAAUAAAGACCACAUCAUCUUGGAGCAUCUACAGUGGACAAUGGGCUAUGAAGUGCAAAUCACAGCUGCCAACAGACUUGGGUAUUCUGAGCCUACUGUAUAUGAGUUCAGCAUGCCCCCAAAGCCCAACAUUAUCAAAGACACACUUUUUAAUGGCCUUGGCCUAGGAGCCAUCAUUGGCCUUGGAGUUGCUGCCCUUUUGCUAAUCCUUGUGGUAACAGACGUCAGCUGCUUCUUCAUUCGACAAUGUGGGUUACUAAUGUGCAUCACCAGGAGAAUGUGCGGGAAAAAGAGUGGCUCCAGUGGAAAGAGUAAAGAACUCGAAGAAGGAAAAGCAGCUUACCUGAAAGAUGGGUCAAAAGAACCGAUAGUGGAAAUGAGAACAGAGGAUGAAAGAAUCACUAACCACGAAGAUGGGAGUCCAGUAAAUGAGCCAAAUGAAACAACACCACUAACGGAACCUGAAAAAUUGCCUUUAAAAGAAGAAAAUGGAAAGGAAGUUUUAAACGCAGAAACUAUAGAAAUUAAAGUAUCUAAUGACAUCAUCCAGUCUAAAGAAGAUGACAUCAAGGCAUAA